GCAAGCUCCCAUUUGGGGGGGACGUCAAGGAAAAUAGAAUGGGAAGGGGAGUUCUUGAUGUCUGACUGUGUCCUGUCUUCCCUUACUGUCAGUUGAGCCGGGAUGCAGUGAGAUGAAGCCGGCUGUGGGGGGGGGGCUUGAGUCUCACUUUGCCCCAUGUUUGAGGGAGAUUUCUCUUUCAGGGGAUGAUAGCCUCUUUUUAAUCUUUCCUUCCCCGACCCUCAACUGUUCCUGCUGAGAGAAGGGCAGGGUCUCUCUGCUCCCUUCUGCCCUGGUUCUCUUGACCAGGACCCCAGGGCUAUCUGAGAUGCAGCAGGGGUGCUUUCUCUGUGGUCCGCAGGUGUGUGAAGAAAACGUCCACGCAGGAGUACGCAGCAAAAAUCAUCAAUACCAAGAAGUUGUCUGCCCGGGAUCACCAGAAACUAGAACGUGAGGCUCGGAUAUGUCGACUUCUGAAACAUCCAAACAUCGUGCGCCUCCAUGACAGUAUUUCUGAAGAAGGGUUUCACUACCUCGUGUUUGACCUUGUUACCGGCGGGGAGCUGUUUGAAGACAUUGUGGCCAGAGAGUACUACAGUGAAGCAGAUGCCAGCCACUGUAUACAUCAGAUUCUGGAGAGUGUUAACCACAUCCACCAGCAUGACAUCGUCCACAGGGACCUGAAGCCUGAGAACCUUCUGUUGGCGAGUAAAUGCAAGGGUGCCGCUGUCAAGCUGGCUGAUUUUGGCCUAGCCAUCGAAGUACAGGGAGAGCAGCAGGCUUGGUUUGGUUUUGCUGGCACCCCAGGUUACUUGUCCCCUGAGGUCUUGAGGAAAGAUCCCUAUGGAAAGCCUGUGGAUAUCUGGGCCUGCGGGGUCAUCCUGUAUAUCCUCCUCGUGGGCUAUCCUCCCUUCUGGGAUGAGGAUCAGCACAAGCUGUAUCAGCAGAUCAAGGCUGGAGCCUAUGAUUUCCCAUCACCAGAAUGGGAUACGGUAACUCCUGAAGCCAAGAACUUGAUCAACCAGAUGCUGACCAUAAACCCAGCAAAGCGCAUCACAGCUGACCAGGCUCUCAAGCACCCGUGGGUCUGUCAACGAUCCACGGUGGCAUCCAUGAUGCAUCGUCAGGAGACUGUGGAGUGUUUGCGCAAGUUCAACGCCCGGAGAAAACUGAAGGGUGCCAUCCUCACGACCAUGCUUGUCUCCAGGAACUUCUCAGUUGGCAGGCAGAGCUCCGCCCCCGCCUCGCCUGCCGCGAGCGCCGCCGGCCUGGCCGGGCAAGCUGCCAAAAGUCUAUUGAACAAGAAGUCGGAUGGCGGUGUCAAGCCACAGAGCAACAACAAAAACAGUCUCGUAAGCCCAGCCCAAGAGCCCGCGCCCUUGCAGACGGCCAUGGAGCCACAAACCACUGUGGUACACAACGCUACAGAUGGGAUCAAGGGCUCCACAGAGAGCUGCAACACCACCACAGAAGAUGAGGACCUCAAAGCUGCCCCGCUCCGCACUGGGAAUGGCAGCUCGGUGCCUGAAGGACGGAGCUCCCGGGACAGAACAGCCCCCUCUCCAGGCAUGCAGCCCCAGCCUUCUCUCUGCUCCUCAGCCAUGCGAAAACAGGAGAUCAUUAAGAUUACAGAACAGCUGAUUGAAGCCAUCAACAAUGGGGACUUUGAGGCCUACACGAAGAUUUGUGAUCCAGGCCUCACUUCCUUUGAGCCUGAGGCCCUUGGUAACCUCGUGGAGGGGAUGGAUUUCCAUAAGUUUUACUUUGAGAAUCUCCUGUCCAAGAACAGCAAGCCUAUCCAUACCACCAUCCUAAACCCACAUGUCCACGUGAUUGGGGAGGACGCAGCAUGCAUCGCCUACAUCCGCCUCACCCAGUACAUCGACGGGCAGGGUCGGCCUCGCACCAGCCAGUCAGAAGAGACCCGGGUCUGGCACCGUCGGGAUGGCAAGUGGCUCAAUGUCCACUAUCACUGCUCAGGGGCCCCUGCCGCACCGCUGCAGUGAGCUCAGCCACAGGGGCAUUAGGAGAUUCCAGCCGGAGGUCGAACCUUCGCAGCCAGUGGCUCUGGAGGGCCUGAGUGACAGCGGCAGUCCUGUUUGUUUGAGGUUUAAAACAAUUCAAUUACAAAAGCGGCAGCAGCCAAUGCACGCCCCUGCAUGCAGCCCUCCCGCCCGCCCUUCGUGUCUGUCUCUGCUGUACCGAGGUGUUUUUUACAUUUAAGAAAAAAAAAAAGAAAAAAAGAUUGUUUUAAAAAAAAGGAAUCCGUACCAUGAUGCGUUUUAAAACCACCGACAGCCCUUGGGUUGGCAAGAAGGCAGGAGUAUGUAUGAGGUCCAUCCUGGCAUGAGCAGCGGCUCACCCACCGGCCUUGAAGAGGUGAGCUUGACCUCUCUGGUCCCCAUGGACUCAGGGGGACCAGGCAAGAACUCUGACAGAGCUUUGGGGGCCGUGAUGUGAUUGCAGCUCCUGAGGUGGCCUGCUUACCCCAGGUCUAGGAAUGGACUUCUUUGGAACUUGCAUAGUCGCCUAGAAUGGGGCUGAUGAGAACAUCGUGACCAUCAGACCUACUUGGGAGAGAACGCAGAGCUCCCAGCCUGCUGUGGAAGCAGCUGAGAAGUGGUGGCCUCAGGACUGAGGGCCCGGACGUUGCUGUACUGUCUUGUUUAGUGUAGAAGGGAAGAGAAUUGGUGCUGCAGAAGUGUACCCGCCAUGAAGCCGAUGAGAAACCUCGUGUUAGUCUGACAUGCACUCACUCAUCCAUUUCUAUAGGAUGCACAAUGCAUGUGGGCCCUGAUAUUGAGGCCUUAUCCCUGCAGCUAGGAGGGGGAGGGGUUGUUGCUGCUUUGCUUCGUGUUUUCUUCUAACUCGGCAAGGAGAGAGCCGGGCCCUGGUCAGGGCUCCCGUGCCGCCUUUGGCGGUUCUGUUUCUGUGCUGAUCUGGACCAUCUUUGUCUUGCCUUUUCACGGUAGUGGUCCCCAUGCUGACCCUCAUCUGGGCCUGGGCCCUCUGCCAAGUGCCCCUGUGGGAUGGGAGGAGUGAGGCAGUGGGAGGAGAAGUGGUGGUCGUUUCUAUGCACUCAGGCUGCCUUUGGGGCUGCCUCCCUUCUUACUCUUCCUUGCUGCACGUCCAUCUCUUUCCCUGUCUUUGAGAUUGACCUGACUGCUCUGGCAAGAAGAAGAGGUGUCCUUACAGAGGCCUCUUUACUGACCAACUGAAGUAUAGACUUACUGCUGGACAAUCUGCAUGGGCAUCACCCCUCCCCGCAUGUAACCCAAAAGAGGUGUCCAGAGCCAAGGCUUCUACCUUCAUUGUCCCUCUCUGUGCUCAAGGAGUUCCAUUCCAGGAGGAAGAGAUCUAUACCCUAAGCAGAUAGCAAAGAAGAUAAUGGAGGAGCAAUUGGUCAUGGCCUUGGUUUCCCUCAAAACAACGCUGCAGAUUUAUCUGCACAGACAUCUCCACUUUGGGGGGAAAGGUGGGUAGAUUCCAGUUCCCUGGACUACCUUCAGGAGGCACGAGAGCUGGGAGAAGAGGCAAAGCUACAGGUUUACUUGGGAGCCAGCUGAGAAGAGAGCAGACUCACAGGUGCUGGUGCUUGGAUUUAGCCAGGCUCCUCCGAGCACCUCAUGCAUGUCCCAGCCCCUGGGCCCUAGCCCUUUCCUGCCCUGCAGUCUGCAGUGCCAGCACGCAGAUCCCUUCACCGCAGGGUUUCGUUUUGCUGGCUUGAAGACAAAUGGUCUUAGAAUUCAUUGAGACCCAUAGCUUCAUAUGGCUGCUCCAGCCCCACUUCUUAGCAUUCUUACUCCUCUUCUGGGGCUAAUGUCAGCAUCUAUAGACAAUAGACUAUUAAAAAAUCACCUUUUAAACAAGAAAUGGAAGGCAUUUGAUGCAGAAUUUUUGCAUGACAACAUAGAAAUAAUUUAAAAAUAGUGUUUGUUCUGAAUGUUGGUAGACCCUUCAUAGCUUUGUUACAAUGAAACCUUGAACUGAAGAUAUUUAAUAAAAUAACCUUUAAACAGUC